AAACAGUGUAUAUAAGAUGCGCUCAUAGAGUAUUUGUCGUUCAAAAAAUGUAAUGUGAAUCAGAGGUUUAAUCACAACACACCAACACGUGGUUAAGGUGUACAUAUUUUCUCGAGAUGUCAGCAGAACUUGUGAGAAAGAGUUUAGAAUUAUUUGAGGACACAAAUUUUGAGAAAAAAGAUGCAAAGGGAAAGGCAAAGAAACAGAGUAAUACAAACAAACAGGGCGUUCAGAAGCAGCAUCAACAGCAUGCAAGUAAAAAGAAGAAAAAGAAAGCUUUCAGAUCUGCAAUAGAGAAGCAUCAGGCUGAAUCCCGCAAGGAUCACACAGCUGACAACAUCCACCUUCUCCAACAACUCACAGAUGUUGCCAAAACAGAUCAAACUUUCACAAAAAAGGUAUUUGGUUAUACAGAGACCAAUACAUCGCAUGAACCUAAAGAAGAGGAGUCAACCGUGUUCACAGAAGCAGACUUUGAGAAGUUUGAGAAAGAAUACAACUUCAACUGACAUUUCAAGAUGUGCAAGUGUGCUGAUUUGAGGAUCAUGUAGAUGACAGUUUGUUAAAUUCUUUAAAAAAAAUGUAUUCAGAUGGAAGUGGAACUUUUGUAUAGUUAAAUAUGUGCAAAUGUGUUUCAAGUACUGUUCUCUCAGCAGAACAUAUUCUCCAUAUAAGUCACACUGUAUUUGGACAUUACUUGUUGCACAGCCGAGUAGGUACAUUAUUGUUCUGUCACUUACCUCAGGGCUUCAUUGUAAGGAUUACCCAAACUGUCUGAUGAAAAGGACCAAUCACAGCAAGUUGGAUUCAAGACAUUCAAACAUCACUUCAUAUGAUUGCACAGUAAACAUAAACUGGAGCACAGUCUGUCUUUGCCAAGUGGAGUGAUGCAGAAUGGUAGAACCACCUAAUGACUUUUGACCUUGCUGGGGUGAGCCAGUUGAGUUUUGUGUCACUUUCAGCAGUGUGGCAGCCCUGUCACAACAGGGCACACCAUGAAUGGGCUUCACACAUUGUACCAUGUCGGGAAUCAAACCUGGGUCUCGCUGUGAUGAGCCAACACUUUCACCACAAGGCUAACCCACCACCUCCAUAAAGGUGAUGAGUUGAUUCAGGAGGAAGAAGAAGUAAUAUAUGUCACAGUUCUUUGAAAUAAAAUUCAUACAAACAUU